AUGCCGCCCCCGGAUAAGAAAACUUUGAAGGAGGAGACCAUUUUACAAACCUAUUUGAACUCUUUUGAACAAGAAAAUGAAGCAACAGCCACCAUUGCUGUUGCUGGUGAUGUCGAGGAAGAAUCUGAUACUGGGGUGACGUAUUUUGUUGAUGAAGAAGGCAGAUAUUACUAUCAGCCGGCCGGUGACAAUCAGAGCAUAGUAUCUCUAUCUACGGAGGUGACACAGGAUAAUGACGUAGAGAUUACCGAGGACACUCAAAUGCUUGUUGAUGCUGAUAGUUACCAAACUGUUACCCUGGUGCCAUCAGAAACUGGAAACGGUGAAGUCAGCUAUGUAUUAGUAAUGCAAGAGGAAAAUAAGCCUGUUGUCAACUUAAAUAUAAAGGUGGAUCAGGAAGAGAAAGGUGCCGAUGUCUACAAUUUUGAGGAUGAGGAAGAAGCGGCUGAGGAAGUUUCCGAGGAUGGAGAAGAUGCACCAAAGACUAAAACCACAAAGAGGAAUAAAUAUGUCAGUCCUUACUUCACUUGCAGCUUCUGUUCGUACACGAGUCAUAGACGAUACUUGCUGCUACGUCAUAUGAAAUCCCAUUCGGAGGAAAGGCCACACAAAUGCAGUGUGUGCGAACGAGGCUUUAAAACGAUAGCCUCACUACAGAACCACGUGAAUAUGCACAACGGUGUUAAACCUCACGUCUGUAAAUAUUGCAAGAGUCCAUUCACUACUUCAGGUGAGCUCGUUAGACACGUGAGAUAUCGUCAUACACACGAAAAACCUCACAAAUGCUCUGAAUGCGACUACGCAUCCGUGGAACUAUCAAAAUUGAGGCGUCACGUACGAUGUCAUACUGGAGAGAGGCCGUAUCAGUGGCUGAGAAACCAGUGUUUGCCUGUGAGCUCUGUCCGGCCAGAUGCGGGAGGAAAACAGAUCUACGCAUACACGUUCAAAAACUACACACGUCUGAUAAACCGCUUAAAUGCAAGCGUUGCGACACACGAAGGCGAGAAAUGUUUCAAAUGUGAACUCUGCCCCUACGCCUCGACGACGCUACGUCAUCUGAAAACACACAUGUUGAAACACACGGACGAGAAACCGUUCGCGUGUGAACAAUGUGAUCACUCGUUUAGGCAGAAGCAACUGCUGCGUCGCCACCAGAACUUGUACCACAAUCCCCACUACGAGCCUAAGCCUCCAAAGGAGAAAACUCACACUUGCCACGAGUGCAAGCGAACAUUCGCCCACAAGGGUAACCUGAUCCGCCAUCUGGCAAUCCACGAUCCAGAAUCUGGGCAUCACGAACGAGCAUUGGCUCUGAAAAUAGGCAGGCAGAGGAAAAUAAAGGCAAACACAGGAGGACCCUCUAAGGCUGUCGAUUCCGACGAUGAUAUGAUGAAGUUGGGUCUCAAUAAGGAGAUCAAACGUGGUGAACUGGUCACAGUGGCCGAUGGAAACGGACAACAGUAUGUUGUUUUGGAGGUGAUACAGCUUGAAGAUGGCACCGAACAGCAAGUGGCUGUUGUAGCACCGGAGUUCAUGGAGGAAGAACAAGAAGAGGAAGAGGAAGAAGAGGAACCGCCAAUUGAAACUCCGAAACCGAAAAUAUUAAACAGAACCAUCAAACUAGAGAAGGAAGUUGACACUUGUUUUGGAUUUGAUGAAGAUGAGGAGGAGGAGGAAACAGAAGAAGAUAUAACAUACAGCGACAAAGUAGUGUUGCGUUUAGUAUAA